CCCCGGCCCGCCGCACCCCGCGGACGGCGCCCUUCCCUGCGAGCCCGGACCCCGCUCCUGUGCCAGCGAUCCGGACAUGAUUUCCACAAGAGUGAUGGACAUUAAGCUUCGGGAGGCUGCCGAAGGCCUUGGGGACGACAGCACAGGAAAGAAAAAAUCCAAAUUCAAAACUUUUAAGAAGUUCUUUGGGAAGAAGAAAAGAAAAGAAUCUCCUUCGUCCACGGGAAGUAGCACCUGGAAGCAGAGUCAGGCCAAGAGCGAGGUCAUUGCCAUCGAGUCCGGCCCAGUGGGCUACGAGUCGGAGGAUGAGCUUGAGGAGUCAAGGGGCACCCUGGGCAGCCGGGCCCUCUCGCACGACAGCAUCUUCAUCCCCGAGUCGGGACAGGACCCUGCUCGGCCUGUGCGGGUGUUCUCCCAAGAAAACGUGUGCGAUCGGAUUAAAGCUUUGCAGUCAAAAAUCCAGUGCAAUGUGAAACUGGGGCCGCCACCUCCUCCAGGGGGCCUUCCUGCCAAGCGGGCAGAGGAUGCCGGCAUGAGCUCUGAAGACGACGGGCUGCCCCGGAGCCCCCCUGAGAUGUCUCUGCUGCACGACGCAGGUCCUAGCACAACCAUAAAGAUCUCUUUAGUAUCGUCGUCCCGGCCGCAGUCUCCAGACCCGGCGAGCGAUGCCACUGUCACGUCCCGGACCUCGGACAGCAGCCUGGCCCCCGUGGCUGACUUCAGUUAUCCUCCCGAAUCCUCCUCCUGCCUGGACAACUCUGCAGCCAAGCACAAGCUCCUGGUGAAACCCCGCAACCAACGGUCCAGUAAAAUGAGGCGGCUGUCUUCGCGGGCACAGUCGGAGUCCCUGAGCGACCUGACCUGCACGCCAGAGGAGGAGGAAUAUGACGAGAAGCCAUUGCCUGAAGCCAGCACAGAGGGGAGCCCCGGGGCCGGGCUGCAGGACUGGGUCCUAGACAGAGGCGCUGAGCCCAGGGCACUGGCCACCUUGCUGCAUCCCGGAGGGCCCCGGGCCAGACGUGGGCGCCUGCAGCACUCCCUGGCUCUCAGCGCCAGCGUGGAGGAGGGGAGCUCCCCCGGGGAUGACCCCGUAAGCCUCCCAGUGACCCCAGAGGUCACGGAGCCCGUGUUAGACCCGGCUCCCUCCUUGGAGCCCCCAUCCCUGCCGGAAGACCCCGCACAUGUGAGCCCAAGGAGCGGAAAUCAUGUGGAGGGGCUGCCAGCCACAGAACCAGGGCCCCCAGCCACAGCCAUAGCGGAGGCAGUGCCGUGUGUGGAGCAGGUGCCGUGUGUGGAGCAGGUGCCGUGUGCAGAGCAGGUGCCGUGUGCAGGAGGUGUGGAAAGCCCAGCAGCCGCCCACUUGGCUGAGGGGGACACGAAACCUCCUGAGACUGUCGCUACCUCCACCCUGGAGACGUCAUCUGGGCCGGAUGAGCCAGACCCAAGUACGCAGAAGGAAGCAGAGCCAAUGUUGAAAGUGCCCGGGCUUGAACAGGCAGGGCAGGAAGCCCCCGUGGCGCCCUCCCCGAGCCCCCCAAUGCCCAAGAGCUGCCUAAAGCACAAGGCCUCGGCGGUGAGCGCGGGCCUCAGCGGGGCCCCCGUGCCUGCCUCUGUGGAGUCACCUCCCCAGGAGCCCCAUCUCUGUGUCCCCGACAGAGAGGCCGUCCCCCUGGAGCAUCCCAAGACUGAGCAGGCCGAACCACCACAGGGGGGCCCCGAAAAGGCAGCGCCGGAGCGGAAGCCCGAGAAAGUUGGCGGCGAGUCGCGGAGCGUGAAGAAGUUCUCCGUGUCCUCGUGCAGGGCUCGGCCGCGGCCCGGUGGCUCCCGGCUUCUGGAACAUUCUGAGCUUGCUGGCCCCUCCAGCGUGCGCCUGCCCCUGCUGAAGAGCGGCCUGGCCUGGAGGAGCGAGGCGGCUCUGGAUGACCUCCAGUCACUUCCUGAGCCCCCGAUCAGGAAACUGGACCCUCAGAAGCCAGCGGACUGCCACCCUCAGGACUCAGGGGACAGAGGGGCCAGCCAGGCUGGGCAGGGUGGAAGCACCCAGGAGGCUGUGCCCGCGCCCAGCCCGAGAGAGCCCUGCCCGGCUGCUCAGGAGCCAGCCCCGGGUGAGGACAGAAACCCCUUCCCCGUUAAGCUCCGGUCCACCUCCCUGUCUUUCAAAUACAGAGAGGGCUCUUCGCAGGAAGCAAAGGGGAUAAAGAGAUACAGCGCCGAGAUGAGGCUAGAAAGAGGAGGACUGACUCUGCUCCCCAAAGAUGAGAAAGGACCCCCGGGGACAGCCCCUGCGCCUCGAGGUGCCAGGUCCCCCAACAACCAAGGCAAGGGGAAGGCCCGGUCCCCGGAGCUGCUCAGCUCCAAGCCGCCCCUGCCCCGGAAGCCACUCCUGCAGAGCCUUACCCUCCCGCACCCACCCGUGCCUCUGGAAGCCAGCCCCGGAGACCCGGAGAGAGUCCUCCCACCUCCGGACCCCAGGAAAGAGGGCCGGAUGGUGGAGAAGAACAGGGCAGCUGAAAAGAGCCUGCCUCCCACAGCAGCCAGUCAGGGAGCUGAUGCGCAGCCCGCGCCACCUUGGAUCACCAUGGCUCGGCAGAAGCGGCGAGGGGCUCCGGACCAGCCCCCCAACCGGGAAGACAAGCCCGGGCUGCAGACCUCCAAGUCGGAAACAGGAAAGCAAGCCAAGGCUGCUGAGAGAGCCCAGGAGCCCACAAAGCAAGCCGACUUUGUCCGCAGCAAGUCCUUCCUGAUCACUCCUGCCAAGCCCACUCUGGACGCGAGGCAGGGGCCCAAGCUGAACCUCAAGGAGGGGCUGCAAAGAGGAAUCUCACUGUCCCAUCAGAACUUGGCGGCUCAGGCGGCAGCGAUGACCGACAAGGAGUUGCAUCAGCUCAAGAGAGCCAGUUACGCCAGUGCGGAACAGCCGUCCUGGAUGGAACUUGCCAGAAAGAAAUCUCAAGCUUGGAGCGACAUGCCCCAAAUAAUAAAAUAGAUUGGCAGCACUCUGAUAACGAAUGUCCACUCCCUCGCCCGGCCACUUCGUUAAAAACUGCCGAUAACCCAUGGCAAACAAGCGGGGAAACCUAAGAUUGAUUCUUAUCGUCAAGCUGGGGAAGAGGAAGGAACCAGACAGAACAAAGGGGACACACACGUGGCCAUCACCCAGGGCCCGAAACAAGAACAACAUUGACAUCUUCCGGGGGCAAGCCAGUUUCUGUGCCCAAGGCGAUGAACAUGAGACGCUCAGAAUCCCCUCUGGAACGGGGCCUCCGACCAGGAAGGAACGGGGAUGUGUAAACAGGACGCAGCCCAGGAGCCGGAGAGAAGCCUCCCAGGAGGCUGGCGGCCAGCUCCCACCGGAGACCGGCCCGCACCUUUGGCCACUGUCUUGCCCGUGGAGCCUGGCUUCCCUUUUCGUGUUUACUACUAGGCGUGACGGUUAAGGUAAAACAGGGAUGCUGUUUCUAAGAGCAGCUAUAAAACAAUCUGUUUUCCUGAAGACAGCCACGCUAUGGAGA